GAAGGCAGUCCCACGAGCACGCGCACAUCGCAGGCAGGUGAGAGAUUGACGUCAGGUCGGAGGAAAACCGGCUGUGUAGAAUAAAACUGCUCCUCUGCUCUACGGGAUACAUCGCCGUUUAAAGAUUGUUCAUAGAAAGUCAGGAAAAAUCCAGGAUGGUGAUAAAAUGAUGAUUGGACGGGGAGAGCAGUCUGAUGAAGAGAUCGUCCUCCUUCAACCCCAGACGGUGAAAUAACAGAAACUUCCUCACAACAACUGGAAAUGGCGAGUGAUCGGGUGGCCAUCCUUACAGAUGAUGAGGAGGACCAGAAGAGGAAAUAUGUCCUGUCCGAACCCUUUAACACUCUGUCCCUGGGGCAGGUGGCAAACACUACACCAUGCAGUCAAACAGCACCGCCUGCCCCCUCAGAAACACUUCAGACUUCACAGAGUAUGGACUGCACUGAAAGGUGCUGUGUGCGAAUAGACAAUCAUCUCUUGAUCUCCAAGGUCUUCUACUUCUUCUUUUACUCCGCAUAUGGCUCUUUACACCCCCUCCUUGCAGUAUACUACAAGCAACUGGGAAUGACACCCAGCCAAAGUGGCCUGCUGGUUGGGAUCCGUUAUUUCAUAGAGUUCUGCAGUGCACCAUUCUGGGGCGUAAUGGCGGACCGCUUCAAGAAAGGGAAGCCGGUGUUGCUGUUUUCUGUACUCUGCUGGGUGGUCUUUAACUGCGGUAUUGGCUUUGUUAAGCCAGCAGCUAUGAGCUGUGUCAGUAAGGACCCUACUGUUGCACCGCCAACCAACUUUACGAACUAUACACAAGCUGGUAACCGUACUAGACAGCGAAGAUACUUGACCGAGGAUACGUACUCCGCUCCUUCACUUUCUCAGCCAAUAUUAGCAGCAUACGGAUCUCACUCUAGAUACAUUCGAAGUGCAGAUGUAAAUACUACAAGCGCUCCCUCUGAAAACCCCACUGCGAAUGCUGGCAGCAUUCGUAUGUUAUCUAACUCGACCACGGCGCUGCCCCGUACCUCAACAGUCACUUCAAAAUCUACCUCGACAAUUGAAACGCAAGCUACCACUGCCAAACUCAAAGAGUAUUUAAUAGUUUUCAAUAAGGAACAAGUCGAUACUAUAUUUCUCCUGAUCCUCUUGGUCAUUAUUAUUGGUGAGUUCUUCAGCGCCCCAGCUGUGACCAUUGUGGACACUAUCACUCUUCAGUACUUGGGCCAACAUAGAGACCGUUAUGGACUUCAGAGGAUGUGGGGAUCUCUGGGAUGGGGUAUCGCUAUGCUGUCAGUGGGCAUUUGGAUCGACCACACACACAUCACAAUCUUCAUCCAGGGCUCGGGUUGUGUUCUACCCGACUAUAAAAAUUACCAAAUUGCGUUCAUAGUUUUUGGGGUGCUGAUGAGCUCAGCGCUGAUUGUGGCCACGCAGUUCCACUUUGACAACAGUGUUUAUAGAUCAGGUGAGGAAGAGGACAAGAAGGAGGAUGUGGAAAUUCCUCAAGUCGUUCAGGAGGUCUCGUCUCCAGAGUCCAGUUCAGAUGACUCGCCAGUGUGCCCUGAAAGCAACCCACAACCCUUUCCCUUCAAAGAUCUCUUCCGGAUCAUUUGUGCCGUCCGCUACAGUACGGUUCUCUUUGUGGCCUGGUUCAUGGGCUUUUGUUAUGGUUUCGUGUUCACCUUCCUCUACUGGCAUCUGGAAGACCUUAAGGGCACCACCACACUCUUCGGCAUCUGCUCGGUGCUCAGCCACAUAUCUGAGCUGGCCGCCUAUUUCAUCAGCCACAAACUCAUUGAGCUCAUUGGACACAUCAGAGUCCUCUAUAUCGGACUGGCCUGCAACACCGCACGCUAUCUGUAUAUCUCCUACCUGGAGAAUGCAUGGAUAGUUUUACCCAUGGAGGUGCUUCAAGGUUUGACACAUGCAUCAGUGUGGGCGGCAUGCAUCUCGUAUUUGAGCGCUGCUGUCCCGCCAGCCCUGCGCACCUCGGCUCAGGGGAUCCUGCAGGGUCUGCACCUGGGACUGGGGAGAGGCUGUGGAGCCAUGCUAGGAGGAGUUUUUGUCAACUUUUUUGGUGCUGCAGAAACCUUCAGAGGCCUUGGAAUGGCCUCUCUGGUCACAUUACUCAUCUUCUCUCUGAUACAGUGGCUGUUAGGUCAGAAUGAGGAUAAAAAGGACUCGAUGUUGGCUGAGAACAUCCCAGUUCCCUCCAGCCCAGUGCCUAUCGCCACUAUUGACUUGGUGCAGAACCAUUCUGCCUCUCAGCCAAAUCCCGAUUCAAAGACUCCUCUUAGGAAAACCAGGCAUCAGGAAGAGCUAGAAGAUACCAACAAGCCGGCCUGGGUGGUGUCCGCCUCCCCCUGGGUCGCCAUCGCUUUCGCCCUCUGUCAGAUCAGAGAUAUGGCGGCUUUGACAAAGAAUAACAACCUCGGUGAAAGUCAAGCCCCGCAGGAGACAAGUGAGCAGACCUCAGCAACGCCACCUGCUGAUGAGUCCACACCAUCGCAACCCAAUACAUCAAGUCCAGCAGAAUAUCCCUCCCAAGGACCUGCUCCCAGUGCAUUUGUUCCUCAAAACACACAUCCUGUCCCUCCUGUGGAAGAACCACGUCCAUCCACAGGGAGAAAAGAACCAGUAGAAAACUCAACUCCUUUGCCAGGACACUCCAAACAGCUGCCCCCAAAAGCACAACCAAAAUCAACAAUGAACUGAAAUUCUUUGGGAUAUAUCCUUAUGAUUUAAAGACAUACAGCGGUAUGGGGUGUAAAAGGUGACAGUUGUCUUUGGACCAAAAGUUUUAUGUUGACCGACGGGUAUUCUAGAUUGUCAAGGGGUUUGUUUGCCAAGGCAAUAGAAU